UAAAACGUCAAAACCGGUACCGAUAAGGUGUGGCCGUAUUAUUCUGAAGUCAGGGCAGCAAAGCAGAAUAUUUUGAGAGUCCUUGCGGCUUUGUUCAAAAUGCCGCAUAAGCGUAAAUCUAGAGUAAAUUGGAACCAGAAGAAUACCGCCACACGUCGUGCUCAAUUGGCCCACCCACCGGCGGGGCCUCCACCGGCGGCCGUCGCCCCGGACAACGAGCAAUGUCAGGAAGUCGAGGAAAUCGAGCCGCAGAUGCCUGCACCGGAAUGUGUUACCUUCAGGGCACCUGUGAGCUGCAGGAAAUUUGCCGUCCCGCAUUAUAACUCCUCAGUUCGCAAGAAGGAAGAAAUAGAUGCAUUGAAUAAGAUGAAGGCAGUAAUUUCGGAAGCAAAUAUGACGCCUAGCAUGGUGACAGCUAUAGCUCCGCGGGUCACUCAUAAGAUGAACUUUCCUCCGGAUCAGGCAGUUUUUAAAGAUCUCGUGCCUCUGAACGUCAACGACUCUGUUCUGGUGCCGCACAAGCAAGGGGAAACUUCAAAGAACCGAGCUACCAAAGAAACAGGACCCAAAACUAAACCCGAGCCCCAACUUGCCGACUAUGCGGAGAAGAUAGAACCCAUCAUCUUGGCCAUUCCUGAGCCAGAGCUUCACUUAGACUUUCCACGGGAGGCUUUUGACUUUCUCGGCGCAUACAGAAAAAUAUUCUAUUAGUUACGUUUUAUUCUAAAUAUAUGUGAAUGGUUGUGGUA